GACAGCGACACGGGACGGGGACAGAGCCACGGUGAGAAGAGAGAAUCCACAGGACACGAGUCAGGACUGAAGGAUGCUGAGGAUGCGGAUGAUGGGGAUGAUGAUGAGGGAAGAAGAGGAAGAAUAGACGUGUGUGUGUGGGGGGGGGGGGUUGUGUGUGUGUGGGGAGGGAAGGUGGUUAUGAGCGUGUUUCUGAUGUGAGGACGGGGGGCGGUUGGAGGAAGAGGAGGAGGUGGAGGAGGAAGAGGAUGCUCGGACGAUCGGCUCAGUGUUGAUCGGGGAAAAUCUCGGGUAUCACCGAGAGUUGAACGGAACGCUAUUCUGAGGAGGUGGGCCAAGUCCCGGGAGAGAGAGAGAGAGAGAGAGAGAGAGAGAGAGAGAGAGAGGGAGAAGGAGGAGGAAGGGAAGGGGGGGUGGAGGAGUGGAGGACCGUCGGACUGGGUGCUGCUGAUGCUGAUCACACCGAGAGGAUGAUGAUGAUGAUGAUGAUGAUGAUGAUGAUGUUGCUGUUGUCAGUCCUGAGAAGCGACACUGAUGAGAUGACUCCUGCCACCGUGGGGACACACAUUUCUACAUUUCUGCAAUUACAUAGCAGUGUGGUACAGACCAGUGAAACUUGGCUUCCUGCCUGUUGAGAUGUGCUAAUAGGAGACACUCAUAAGGGGGGUUCAUGCUGAUGAAAUUGAUCUGCUCAGUGAGCUCCAACCAGAGCCAUGGGGAGUACCCAGACUGCAGGAGUGAGAGGGAGUCUGGAGGGGAGGCAUCUCUCCUGGUGUCUCCGCUGGUGGUGGCGGGGAUCGUUAUAGGCCUGGUCCUCUUCCUCUCCUGCAUCACCAUCAUCGUCGGCAGCCUGCGCAAAGACAGCCGACUGCGAAACCCACAUCUGCGAGCAAGUUACGGUCAAGAUGGUUUUUCAUACGGAGGUUCAGUAGGAGAACUCAGGUCUACCUGCUUAGAGGAAUUUCCUCCUGGUUUAGACUUUGACUCAUACCGAGAGACUCUGUCGCAGAUCAACAGCCUGUAUCCCGACUCUCCACCACGGUAUGAUGAGUGCGUUGGCCCUGGUGCGACUGAGAUCUACAUCCCUACAGAUGACCCGCCUCCUUACUCCCUAUUGGACCCCUGUCAGGUUGUGGCAGAGCAGGACGAGCAGCCUAGCUACCCCAGCCCAGACCCCUCCCCAUACUGUGGAGAGAGCUCAGCUGGCACCUCCUGGUUCUCCACCUCUCACUACCCGAUGGGACUGCAGGAGCUCCAGCAGCAGCAGCAGCAGCAGCACAUCUCAUCCAUCUCCUUCCCACUGGAGGCCGCACCUCCUUAUGAGUCAGUGCUGGUUGACCAGGGUCAGCCCCUCCCUCUCAUGCCAUGUGACCUUUACAAACACCAAUCAGAGACAGGGGAGGGCAGUAACCCGCAGCAACCAGAGGCUAACCAAAUCCGGUAGGACAAUGAGGUUAUUUCUUUCACCUGUGCUGUGUGUCGUCCCCAGUUGAAUAAAACAGUUUUCAACAAACAAGGGGGAAAAAAUAAGUGGAAUAGAAUGACAUGCACAUCUUCCACACUGUUGCUAAAAGGCUGAACUGGACUGAAAUGCAGCCAGUGCUCCAGUUUCCAGCAGCAUUUUGUCUCUGGACACCAAACACACAUCCAAUAAUAGUGUUCCUGGAAAGACAUUUUCACUGGGAAAGCAUUUGUUGUUGGGGUGAUGCUUUCAGAGGAGAGCGCCUGCCCGCCAACAGCGCCUGGAACAACAUCAACUUUGUCUUUUUUUUUUUUUUUUUUUUCUUUCAUUUUGACUGUUAAUAUCUCUUUUUUUAAAUCAGGACUGAUCCAACUCUUACACAUUACAUCUUUAGAGUGAAUUAUUGCUACAUACUGUCUUCAUCAUACUGUAAAUGAUGGUGAGCUUUGUCUGUAGAUGAAGGACUGAGUGUAAACUAUCAAUGUGGAACUGUAGGUCAUAGUAUAGUUUAAGGUAAACACAAGCACACAGAGGACUUCCCUUCUGUUUCUGGUGGUAUAAUCGUGUACCCUCACAUGUCAGAGUCACAUCAGAUGAUUGGAUACACUUGUUUACCACAUCCUUAAGUACCAGCACCCUUACUGAUCCCCAGUUUGUGUUAACAUCUAGUCCUGUGUGCUCUCCUGUAGCUUCCAGUGUGGUGGUUGUAGCCUAGUGGAUAGAAAUAAUGCCUUUAUGAUAAGAUGGUUUUAGACUCUCUCUUUUCUCCAUUUGUCUCUGUUUGAAGCAAACACGACCCCCUGAUUGCUCCAAAGACUGAUCAGUAGAAAACAAUGAUUGACUUGUAGUGAUUUAUCCUAUAAUUGUCACCAAGUAGAUCCCCUGAACACGUAUUUUAAGAUGUUAGAGGGUAAGCCACAGCCAAAGGGCUGAUUUAAAGCAAAUGCUUGCAUCAUUUUGUAGAUGUUUGUCUACUCGUGAAGGUUGUUUGAUAUUUACUGCAUAUGGUCUGAUCACCAGAAGUAUCUGUAGGUCCACAGCUAAACAUGUUGAUGUAGGUAUUUUAUUUAAGGGCUCUGUUUGUAAUAUUAGUGAUUUAAUGGCCCCAUAGUACAGAUUUAUAACAGGAAAUAACAACCAGAAGUAAUUAACUCAUAUUUGAUUGAGUAAAAGACUAAUAUUCUAUAAAUGAGAUCUGUUUGUGGUAUCGAGAAGGAGUAAUACCCCCAGUAAGGUGAACUGCAUUUGGGAAAGUAGUGUUGUCACUUAAAUUCUACUCUAAGGAGUUUAUUUACAAAAGGAAAUCUGUGUAGCUCAAACCAUCAUGAUAAGGCUGAGCUUCACAAGAGAAACGUCCAUUUAGAGCCCAUUUAUUUUAAUAUAAAUCUCACUUUUUCU